GUCUGAAAUUAUUCGUUUCUUCGAAGAAUUCUUCUCAAAAUGGGCCUUGUGGAUUACGCAGGAAGUGAAUCAGAAAGUGAUGAAGAAAUGGAAACACAACAAAAAAAUUCACUCGCUCCACAAAAUCAACAACUCGUCGAUGAUGAAGCAUUUUUUGACAAUACAGAAAAAUCAAGCUCACCAAACAUGAACAAAGAAGAUGUUCUCGAAGAAUUAGUAAAACCGAAAGAAUGGGAGGUUAAAUUGGCCGAGAAAGCAAGGAGAAAGCUGGAGAAAAAAGCUCUGAAAAAAGCACAAAAAGAAGAGAGAAAAAAGGAGAAAAAAUUGGCGAAAAAAGCGAUGAAAGUUGAAAAAAUUCCGAAAAUUGGUGGUGGAAUUCAAAAAGCAAAAGGAAAAGUUAUAAUUUCGGCGUUCGGAGCUCUCGCAGGAAUUACUGGCGAAAAUUCCAGCGAUGACAGUGAUAAUGAAGGUGCUGCUGUUGCUACAGUUAAGCCGAAGCUUGGAAACAGUUUUUUGUCAAACCUUCCAGCUCCAAAAGGAAGAGAUAAUCGUUCAGAUGGUGCAAAUGUAUUCGAUAAGUCCAUGGUUCCACAUUCAGUUUCUAAAAAGGCUACACCUGCUGCUGCUCCAGUUUUCAAGCCGGCUCCAGCUCCAAAACUGCCAGACGACAGUGAUGACGAUGAUGACGGUCCAACCGAUUUCUUCGGUUUCUCAUCUGCUCCAACUAGAAAAGAAUCAGAAAUUCCAUCAGAAAUUCCAUAUAUGACAAUGAACAGCAGCAUGGAUGUAGUUGGGCCAUCCCGUCCAGAUGAAGGAAUGGAUCCUCGACAAAUGUAUGAAAUGCCAGAAGAAGAAGAAGAUGUUCAAGAAGGUCCAUCUGCUUCAAAUGCCUGGCUUCAUCGGAAGAUCAAUGACGAGCAAGCUCAUAAGCUUUUGAUGCGAUUCUCUCAUGAUAUUGGACAAGAAGAACGUCGUUCGAUCAACGAAAUGGCCAAUUCAAUUGUCGAUGUGAAUGUGGAUGAUGCUCUCGGACCGGAUGUUAAGACAAAUAUUAUCAAGAAUCUUGGACAUCGCGCAUUUGUUGAAGCAACUUCUGCUCCAUUGCCACAAGUUCAAACUCAAGGACAAAUGUCGAGAAGAAAGCAUCAAAUUACGUAUUUGGCCAGCUUGGCAGUAUCCCGCGAGGAGCAGCUCAAAGAUCAAUGGGCCGAUCAGAAGCAAUCGAAGCGAAUGGCGCGACAAAAGUACGGAUUCUAAUAUCAUUUCGAAAUGUCUCAUUAAUCAUUCAGUUUUCUCUCUCCCUUGUAUUUGUGUGUUGUUUUGAUGAUAAACACCCAUAUAAACACGAAAUGAAUUCAUUCGUUUUG